AUGCAAAAGAAAAGCGGUGCUCACGUGACGCGGCGGUCACCAGGACUUCGGCCACGCUUCGUCCAUCUUUCUCCCUCUCGACCUUCCGUUUCGUCUCCGCUGGCUCCUCCUCGUCGUGAUGCUGCUCCUCCGCCCUUCUCUCUCCACGCUCCGUCAACUCCUGAACCGGACUUAAACCCGCCCUCCUAUCGGACUACUCCAUCCACCACCCCUCCUCCUUCUCUGUCCACACCUCCUUUCUUCCCCUUCCCUUCGGCUCCUAUCUCAGCGGCGGGUUUCCGCGAUAAAGCCGUGGCGCCCUCAUCGGUUCCCUCCCACGUCGUCCCUCCCUCCCCGGCCUCCUCGACGUCUCAGGCUCCUAGCAGCCAGGAUGUCGCUCAUGCGCCCUCCUCCGCCUUGCAUCCCCGAGUGGCCGUCAUCCUCGGAGUCGAUCGGAAAUGGUACCUGCCUCUUAUAAUCAGCCGGGCUCUGAGCACGGUCCCGGCCGCCUGGUGGGGCCUGCGCUGUGCCUUUACCUUCUUGGCUGAAUUGCUUCACAUUCGACCGGGCAUGGGACGUGAGGGGUGGGCGGCGGCGAUCGUGGGAAGUGUUGGGCAAGACUGGGACGUGGAGAGAAGGUUUCGCGUGACUGAAGUAGCUUUAGCUAUUAUGUGGUGCUGUGCAUCCGCAUAUCUUUCUUAUUUCUUUGCUGAUUGUAUGAUGUCUCGAUGGUCGGUCUCCCCUCACCUCUUCCCCAUAUCUCCUCAACAAACCAAGUUCUCACCAUUCGACAGGCUUUUAAAUUAUACCCCGCCAGCAGUUGUUAUUCGUCUCCUGACCACAAACGGGUUAAUCGCUUAUAUCACAUCAUGGGUUCUCUAUCUCUCCGGCGCAUCGUCCGAUCCCCGUCUUCUCCUACCUGCAUGGAUCUCCAUCACAACUACCCUUACGUUCCUCUACCACGCCACGCAAAACCACGCCAUGAUCAAACGCGAAACGGCAGCCGCCCUGCUCGUCGUCUCGGUCGCCAGUUUCGUCAGCAUGUCGUCGCUCCUCCUGCAGCUUCACCUGACGCGGGAGAACGAACCCGAAGUCCCUGUUUUCGUCAUCACCAGGAAACUGUGGGAUUGGGCCGUGGCGAUCUUCUUGCGCAUGAGGGUCGUGGAAAGUGCUGGGGAGCUGUAA